CUCCUCCACACAACCACAUCCACCAACUCUCCAGUCACAAUGGCAUCCACCCUCGUCCCCCAUGGAAUCCGCCGCCUAGGCGUCCUCGGCGCAGGCCAAAUGGGCACAGGCAUCGCCCUCGUCUCCGCCAUGCGCGCCAAAGUCCCCGUCCUCCUCUACGACAAAUCUCCCGAACAGGUCAAGAAGGGCCUCGCGCUCGUCGACAAACUCUUGGACAAGGACGUUGGAAAGGGAAGGUUGACGAACGACGAGGCGAAAGAUGUGAGGGGACGGAUUGAAGUCGUUCCGGCUGAGAGCGGGUUCAAGGGAUUGAGGGAUGUGGAUAUGGUUGUUGAGGCUGUUUCCGAGAAUCUCCAACUCAAGGAGACAAUAUUUGCUUCCCUUGCUGCUGAACUCAAGCCUGAAGCCAUCCUUGCUACCAAUACCAGCUCAAUAAGCAUCACCAAGAUUGCCGCUGCUACCCUCGGCAAGAAUGUCUCUCCUGCCAGUGAAGAGGGCAAGAGGAUUGCUUCCCGCGUAGUCGGCUUGCACUUCUUCAACCCCGUGCCUGUGAUGAAACUCGUAGAACUUAUCUCAGCACUCCAAACUAGCCAGGAAACCCUCGACCGAGCCCGUUCCUUCGCAGUCGCUUGCGGCAAGACUGUAACCGUCUCCAAAGACGUCCCUGGCUUCGUCUCAAAUGCCCUCCUGAUGCCAUUCAUCAAUGAAGCCAUCAUGCACCUCGAAAAGGGAAUCGCAACCCGCGAGGACAUCGACACCACCCUCAAACUCGGCAUGAACCACCCCAUGGGUCCCCUCCAACUUGCCGACUUCAUCGGUCUGGACACCUGCCUCGCCAUCCAAAAGACCCUCUACGAAGGUACCUCGGAUUCGAAAUACCGACCUUCCAUCCUCCUCGAGCAGAUGGUCAAUGCCGGGUGGUUGGGUAGGAAGUCCGGAAAGGGCUUCUAUGACUACUAGGUGGUGGCAGAUGCAGGAAAGUCUGUGUGAUGCGGAGGAGCGCGUAACAUUCUGUCUUCACGGACUCAGACGCCAGGAAGUCUGCCGUGAAGGAUGCUGGGCCGAGCGUUGAGAAAACCAGUAUAGUCCUAUCGUGCACUAAACGUGGUCAAAUAAAAAAGAAGUGAAAACA